CUCUCUACUGGAACCUCAUGCCGAGCGACUGCUGCCGCGGUGAGACGCCUCCACGUGUUUUCCUGCUUCAGUUGUGAUGAUGCAGUUUUACUGAUUUCAAGACGCCCAGAGAUGUCAGAAGUUGUACCAGAGAAAAGUCGCGGCUUGAAGUUUGCCGAGCGGCAGCUGCUGCGUCACGGCUGGGAGCGCGGUAAAGGAUUGGGCCGCGGGGAGGACGGCAUAUCGGAAGCCAUCAAGAUCAAAGUGAAGUGUGACAAAGGAGGGAUCGGCCAUAAGGAAGGAGAUCAGUUCACCUUCCACUGGUGGGACCACGUCUUCAAUAAGGCCUCGUCCAGUCUGCAGGUGGAAUCUGAUCAGAACGGGAUUCAGUUGAAGAAGACGGUGGAUGAAGACGAAGAGGAUGGAAUGAUCUCCAAUAAAAGGCCCCGGAAAGCCGCUCUGGCGAAAGAGAAACUCUACGGAUGCUUCGUCAAGUCCUCCGCCCUGCUGUCGGGUCAGAAGCAGCCGGAGCCGAAGGCGUCCAGCUCCGACAGCAGCAGCUCGGACGAUGAAGACCAGAACCUGGACCUCUCCAGCGCCACACAGCUCUCUGAUGCUGACCUCAUGCGGGCUUGUGGAGGACGCACGGCUCACAAAGGAGCCCGGCACGGCUUGACCAUGAGCGCCAAGUUAGCCCGGCUGGAGCGGCAGGAGGCCGAGUUCAUGGCCACGUACGAGAAGAAGAGCGCGCCGGCGAGCGUUGCACCGACAACUCCGACUCCUCCGGCGCCGGCCGAGAGGCGGGAGGAGACCGCGAGGGACGAGACGAGAUCCACCGGGGGCGUCAUCGAGCUAAAUGACGACGAACCGGACGUUAAACCCAAAAAGAAGAAGAAAAAGAAAGCCGGCGAGGACACUGAGGAAAUAACGGAUGUGGUUUCCUCUGAGGAAGAGGAGGAUGACGUCAUCUGGGUAGAGAACAGCGAAGCGGACCAGUCUCACGAAUCCAAGAGGAAAUCUAGAAAGAGAAAAACCAACGCGGGAGAAGGACCACCUUCACCGGAGGAGACUGAAGUGAGGAAGAAGAGGGAGGAGAAGAAGAAGAAGAAGAGGAAAUCCUCCAAAGCCCACAGUGAGGAAGGAGGAGAGGGCGACGGAACUGAAUCCGGCCAAUCGGAGGCGGUCCAGGUCUUCGAGAGGAGAGCUGCAGACACGCCGGAGGAAGAGGAGGAGGAGAAGAGCGUCAGGCAGAAGAGGAAGAAGUGUAAAAAGGACAAAUGUGUCGACGCCGACGAAGAGGAGACGCAUCCUCCAAAGAAGAAGAAGAAGAAGUCCAAAGAGUAUCUUCUGUAGAACCUGGACAACAGAACCUGACUUCAUGCCAGCAGAACACGGUUCUGGAGUCACGUCCAGUUCAGUGAAGUGAUGAAGACUUUAAUAUUAUUGUUGAUGUUCGUCUUCAUCACAAUCUUCCUCUGUGUGGAUGACGCUCCGAGUGUAAAGAACAUUAAUAUGAAAAUGUAAUUCUGUGUUUUCUGCCUCUUGAAUAACUUUUUUUGAAGGUGUUUUCUUAAUAUAUACUUUAUAUUUUAUUUAGGUAUUUUUUACAGAAAUACAACUUUCAAAAGUAAAAAUGCAUAAUAAUAAAAAAAACAAAAGAAAUUUAAAAUAAAGCAUAAAUUAACCAUGCAUCUGGCCAAGAAUGCCAAAAUAAAAAUAUUAGAGCAGGAUAAUAAAUAUAAAUAAGGAAGCAAAAAAAAAA